AUGGAUUUAUAUUUAUUGUGUAAUAAAACGACCACAAAUUUUGGACAUUCAGAGGAGGCAGAACUUCAGUGUGUUCCUGGAACCUUUGAAUCAGUAGAAGAAUAUGUUAAAGUAUUUGAGCCAUUGCUUUUUGAAGAAUGUCGGGCACAACUCUACAGUACCUGGGAGGAAUCAACAGAAAUGUCUUCCAGAGAUUUGCAUGCAAUGGUCCGCUUAAAAACUGUUGAGAGACGAGAAAGAGGGUGGUAUGAUGUGAUACUUGUGCCUGCAAAUGAAUGCAGAUGGAACUUCAAAGAGGGUGACGUGGCAGUUCUUUCCACCCCCAGACCAGGAACAGUGAUACCCAAGAGAAGCAACAAUUCAAAUAUGGGGGAAGAGUCAGAGGUGAGUGGACGUGUGGCAGGCACUGUAAGGCGCCACAUACCAAUUGAUACCCGUGAUCCUACAGGGGCAAUCCUUCACUUUUAUGUUGGGGAUUCAUACGAUUCUAACAGCAAGAGUGAUGAUGAUCAUAUUUUAAAAAAGCUACAUCCUAAAGGAAUCUGGUAUCUUACCAUUCUUGGCUCACUUGCUACAACUCAAAGAGAAUAUAUCGCUUUGCAUGCAUUUCGUAGACUCAAUUCACAGAUGCAAACUGCGAUUCUUCAACCAAGCCCAGAGAUGUUCCCGAAAUACGAAGAACAGGCACCCGCAAUGCCCGAUUGCUUUACACCAAGCUUCUUCGAUUAUCUCCAUCGCACCUUCAAUGCCCCACAGCUGUCAGCAAUUCAUUGGGCAGCAACACAUACUGCAGCAGGUACAACUACCGGGUCCACAAAAAGACAAGAACCAUGGCCUUUUACACUCGUUCAGGGCCCACCCGGAACCGGAAAGACUCAUACAGUCUGGGGUAUGCUCAAUGUCAUCCAUCUAGUCCAAUACCAACAUUACUACACCGCAUUGUUAAAAAAACUAGCUCCCGAAAGCUACAAACAAACAACCGAAAACCUUGUUUCCGAAAACGCCCCUGCCGGCUCAAUCGAUGAAGUCCUCCAAAGCAUGGACCAGAACCUCUUUCGGACACUUCACAAGCUCUGCCCCAAACCCAGAAUGCUUGUUUGUGCCCCUUCAAACGCUGCAACCGAUGAGCUUCUGACACGUGUCCUUGACCGUGGGUUUAUAGAUGGUGAGAUGAAAGUAUACCGCCCGGAUGUUGCCCGGGUCGGGGUUGAUUCCCAAACCCGGGCAGCCCAGGCGGUAUCGGUCGAACGUAGAACCGAGCAACUUUUAGUAAAGAGCCGAGACGAGGUGUACGGGUGGAUGCACCAGUUACGGGCCCGUGAAGCCCAAUUGUCUACACAAAUAGCAGCCCUUCAAAGAGAUUUAAAUGUCGCAGCUGUCACUGGUCGGUCCCAAGGAUCCGUGGGUGUCGACCCGGAUGUUCUCAUGGCCCGUGACCAGAGCCGGGACUCAUUGUUACAGAACCUGGCUGCGGUUGUUGAAAACCGGGACAAAGUUUUAGUGGAAAUGUCCCGUCUUUUCAUUCUAGAAGGCCGGUUUCGCAAUGGCGCCAACUUUAAUUUAGAAGAAGCCCGGGCUAGCCUCGAAGCCAGUUUCGCCAACGAGGCAGAGGUUGUUUUUACCACGGUCUCAAGUAGCGGACGGAAAUUGUUCUCACGGUUGACCCACGGGUUCGAUAUGGUGGUGAUCGAUGAAGCGGCUCAGGCUAGUGAAGUUGGUGUGCUUCCGCCUCUCGCUCUUGGUGCAGCCCGGUGCGUGUUAGUCGGGGACCCACAGCAACUUCCGGCGACUGUAAUCAGCAAAGCCGCUGGUACAUUGUUAUACAGUAGGAGUCUUUUUGAAAGAUUUCAACAGGCGGGCUGCCCGACUAUGUUGCUUUCGGUUCAAUACCGAAUGCACCCUCAGAUACGGGAAUUUCCUUCUAGAUACUUCUAUCAAGGACGUCUUACUGAUAGUGAAAGUGUUACAAAUUCGCCCGAUGAACCCUACUAUAAAGACCCGAUUUUAAGGCCGUAUGUUUUUUACGAUAUUACCCAUGGGCGGGAAUCGCAUCGGGGCGGGUCGGUAUCGUAUCAGAAUAUACAUGAAGCGCAGUUUUGUUUACGGUUGUAUCAGCAUCUUCAGAAAAGUGUGAAGUCGUUGGGUAUACCGAAAGUUUCGGUGGGUAUAAUCACACCGUAUAAGCUCCAAUUGAAAUGUAUUCAACGUGAGUUUGAGGAGGUUUUGAAAUCGGAAGAAGAGAAGGAUCUUUAUAUCAAUACAGUCGAUGCUUUUCAAGGGCAAGAACGUGAUGUCAUCAUUAUGUCGUGUGUUCGUGCUUCCAAUCACGGUGUGGGGUUCGUUGCUGAUAUUCGUCGGAUGAAUGUUGCUCUUACACGUGCUAAAAGGGCACUUUGGGUGAUGGGGAAUGCGAGUACAUUGGUUCAAUCAGAUGAUUGGAGUGCACUUAUAGCAGAUGCAAAAUCACGGGAAUGUUACAUGGACAUGGAGUCACUUCCUAAAGAUUUCUUGGUAUCGAAGGGCCCACAUCCACCUCCACCACAGGCACGGUUUUCUAACAUGAGGGGUUUGAAGAGACCCGGGUUAAGACACCGAUCAUAUAACGAUCACAUGGAGUCUUCAAGGUCAGGGACACCUUCAGAAGAUGAUGAGAAAUCAAAUUUAUCGUUUCCUUCAAGAAACGGGAAUUACCGGUCUUUCAAGCCACCAUUUGAGAAUUCUAAUUCUCUUGAUGAUUUUGAUCAGUCGGGUGAUCGAUCGCGGGAUGCCUGGCAACAGGGUAUUCAAAAGAGACCAAAUUCAACCACAGUUCCAGGAAAACGGGACCCAUGA